UGUACCUCAACUUUGUCAACAAUCCAUUUUUUAUCCGCCUUGUUCAAAGCCACCUGUAGUUUUGCUUUGCAUCCGAAUCUCGUAUUCAUAGGAGAUUCUCUCUUUUGCUCCCCUUUAUGAGGGCGUCUAUAUCCCUCACAGGAACAGACAUAAGUUGCUCUUGUAAUAUCUCCGUGAGUAUUCUUUGCUUUCUUCUCGUGUCUGACAGAAAACCCCCAAGCCUUCGCGUAGUUAUUAUAGAACGUAUAAGCUUCAUCGUGACUAUUGAACUUCCGACCGAGAAAUUCUUCGGCUGUUAAGUUUCGCAAUGCUUCAUCCUCGUCCACUCCAUUGUUAGGAGGAACACUUACACUGCCAGAAUCCUCAGCUCUAUCAUCCUCCUCUCUACUUAAAUCACCGCUGCUAUUAGGAAGAGUUAGAUCUAUAGGCGGGACGUCCGUUCCCUCUGGAGGAUAGUAAUGGCUUCCCUCUGUUGUCAUUGUUUGAAAUGGGGCAGUUUUCCAGAUUGGUUCCAAGUGAGAAAAAUAUAUGCAGAGGAGAUCUGGUCCCGCCUAGGAACGGACCAUCCAACAACCCUAUCCAGUUGGACUCCUUAGAUAGAAGGUGCCCUUAAAUGAGGAUAGGAUCCGGGACUGCCGUUGCAGGCAAACCCAUAUCCACUUUUCGUAUUCUUUCUUCCCUGCACAUAUUCUUGAAUCCCAUGGAUAACGUGAAGAAAUCAAGGACAUCUGCCAGGAAUAAAGAAAGGAAGAAAACAAAUUCAGCUGAUCCUCUCCAAGAAAACAAUGGGCCUGAUGUAGUAUGCUUGGGUACUACACCCAUUACUCCCAGCAAAAGAAGAGCACGGACCAACUCAACUCUUGAAGAAGGGGGGCCAUCUACUCCUCUACAGAGUCAACCAAAAUCAGAUUUCAUUGACUCGAAUGAAACAGAAAGGGAUCCACAGGUUAUAACAUCAAUGGAAUUUCAUAUUCCAAGACACAUUGAACUCAAGUUUGAUGAACUUGUGGUGGCUUGUUAUGCCUUCGGAAGAGGCCUAUUAGAAGAUGAAGUGUUGGUCCACAGUUUGGGAAUUCAAGGUCAGCGAAAGGCGUUCAUGAGCCUUUGUCCGGGGAAGGCAUUAGCAGAUGAUGUGCUGACAAUGGUGUGCAGCUAUCUAAGUCAGAAACAGUUGAUGACGGAGAAUGUGGAGAUAUGUUUCUUGCCGCCUGAUUUUUCGGCAUCUUUGAUGACUGAAGAUCUAACUUGUCAGGAAGCAUUGGACAAAUACCAAUACUCAUUUAUGCAGAUUUCCCCUCAGUGUAGCAAGGUUUACAUCCCCAUGAAGGACGAGAAUGAUUGGUUUUUAUUGGUUGUGGAUCUCAAGUCUAAAGAAGCAAUCAUCUUACAAGCUUUGUAUUUGGACGAUCGCACAUCCAUCCGGGAAGAAGCUGUCAAAACAAUGCUAACAUUUUUAGACAAAUUAGCCCCUUUGAUGUGUUCGUGGGAUGGAGAUAUACCUAAAAUUUCCGAGUUUCACAUUACAAAGCCUAUAAGAAAUUACUCUGCAUUUGUUCGUGAAGAUUCUGGAGCGUGGGUGUGCCAGUGGAUGUUUCGUACAGAGUUGUUUGACAAUUACGAUGUUGCGUACGUUGAUGAGGGAAUUCGAAUGAAGAUUGCAGUGCGUUUGCUACUUUCGCCUUACAACAUAAAUCGAGCAACUACUCUGAAGCUGGCGCACAAAUUUGCCCAAAACUGUCAUCAUAUCAUUGGACAUUAUUAUGCAGCUCGGAAAGAAAUGGAGGCGAUAAAAGACCUUAUCACUCGAUAAUGAGAUAAUUAAGUUACAACGUAGAUUUUAAUACUUGCUUCUACGAUUUGCUUUGGACGAUUUAGAAUAAUGGCUGGGUGCUAUUUUACUGGGUUUUUCCUUUCGUAAUACUUUUGGUUUGACUUUGUUGCAGUUUGCUUCUAUUUCAUACCUUGUGCCUUCGC